AGUGGCUUACAGGGCUUACAUGUGCCCCGUUGCCGUUGCGGCAGUCUAGAAACAACCUUCGCCACCUCUCUCUCUCUCAACGAACGCGCGCAUGAAACAGUGACCUCCGCCGCUCUGCCCCGAUCCAAUCAAGGAUCAACCGGCACCGUUGCCAACCGAGAAUAAAGGGGCUUUGAUUGUUAGCUUUUUGAAUCGGAUGCAAUGGGAAUCGUGAGAAGUAGUGAUUCUGGUUAUUCGCGUUGGGAAUGGUCGAGGCAGUACAUGAACAGCAGCCACAGGAUUGGCAAUUUGAAAGAAAUGGUAAGCCUCGCAUUGGGGUUAGUGAGCGUCAUUAGUUGGGCUGUAGCUGAGAUUCCUCAAAUCAUCACCAACUACAAGCAAAAGUCUGCUGAAGGCAUCUCCCUCGCCUUCCUCCUCACUUGGAUUAUCGGAGAUCUUUUCAACUUUUUUGGCUGCAUGCUGGAACCAGCUACUCUUCCAACACAAUUCUACAUGGCAUUGUUAUUCACAAUUACUUCCCUGGUUCUUGCUGGUCAAGCUAUAUACUAUGGUCACAUCUAUCAUCGCCUAAAGUUCAGACAAAGCUGCAAGACUGAGGCAGAACAAAAGAAAAGACCAUGCAGCAGUGCUGUUUCCCAGAAACAAAACGACGAUGGAGAAGGAUGGGGAAAUGCCACCAAUGCCCUUGAGUCAAGAGUUGCUAUGAGUUCACCUAUUCCUCUUCCAACUCAUUCUUCUACUAGUUCCCCUGAAAGAGAGCUAUACUACACGUCAGCCAGAUCUCUUUCAAGGAGUCAUACUCCUACAGUUGGAUCAUUUUUGGCACAGCGAAGAACUCCAACAGCAUUUGAUCUUCGGAAUUCUCUAGAAGAGCCCUUGCUUGGUGGAAAUACAUCUACCCAGUCUACACCUCCAAUUGCCAAAAACAUGCUGUGUGUGUUCUCUGCUGCCAUGUUUGUUAUUGGCACUUUGAAUGUGCACCUCAAAGAAAGCAAUGGGCUUAAGAUGGCCUUUGAAAAGCCCAUUGUAAUACGAGUGGGAAGAAAGCUUUUGCAGGUAAGCAGUGAUUUAAUGCAAGACACGGCAGAUGCAGGGAGUAGUGCUAUAGGGACAUAUCUCGGUUGGGGAAUGGCAGCCAUUUACAUGGGUGGAAGACUUCCGCAAAUUUGCCUAAAUAUUAGAAGGGGGAAAGUUGAGGGGCUUAAUCCAUUAAUGUUUGUGUUUGCUCUGGUUGGGAAUACAACUUAUGUAGCAAGCAUACUUGUGAGCAGCUUGGAUUGGGCAAAAAUUAGGGCAAAUCUACCAUGGCUUGUAGAUGCUGGAGGAUGUGUGAUUCUUGAUACUUUUAUACUAAUUCAGUUCAUCUAUUUCCGGUAUCGAACACAUCAAGAUGCCAUGGUUAAGCUAUAAAACUCAGGCUAUUCCUGAAUACUGUGAUGAUGAAGCAGAUUGCUUCAAAGGCCUGCAAGCCAUGCCGUGCAGGGCUGUGAGCCUCAUGGAGGUGGCCUGUCACACCUCAUACUAUUCACCAUGGCCCGUGGGCAGCUAAGCCUGCUUGACACCUCUGAUAUUUAUAAUUCAACUAGCUAAACUUGUGUUCUUUUCAGCCGUGGGUGAAUGAUGGAGGACCUAAGUCUAGGAAUUUGGAAUUUUCAGGAAAGUCUAACCUUGAUUUUAGGAAAAUAUAAUCAAGGCAUAUAUUAGGAACUUAGAAAAUUGGUAAUUUCAUUGUAUUUCCCAAUUAGUCUUUCUUCUCCUUAGUUUUAAUUAUUUUCUUUUUGUAAAUAGGGUUUGUUGACACCCUAUGUAACAUCAUCUCUUAAUAAAUUUUGAAAGGCAGUCUUGGAUUGAUUAGUGAAUUGAUAAAUUGAAUUGUGAUUUGUUCUGACUGUUCAAGAUUUGAGAUUCUUUCUUGUUGUUCUUGUGAGUUUUUUGUGCUAGCAUUGUUCUACAUCAAGAUAGAAUCCCUCACAUUGAACACCUUAAUCUCCUCCAAUUGCCUAUCAAUUUUGACCCUUCAAUUACCUUGCCUCAUACAACCUCUCUUCUUAUCAAUGUUAUCCAACCUGUUGGCUUUGUAGAGAGGCUCACAAGAAUCUGUCACAUCAAACACCUUAAUCUUUUCCAACGGUCUAUCAAUUUUUACCCUAGCCACGUUGCCUUUUCACUUGUAAGUUCCUCCUCCAAGAGUUUUAAGUUUCUGGAUAAGCAAACUAGCUAAACCUCUAACCAUGUAGCCAUCUUCCCAAAAAUUCAUGAAGCCUUCAUCCAUGAGUCAAACAUUGUCGAAGAGGAAAGGCAAAGAGCCUGACCUCAUUUCACCACAAUAGACUCAAAACAGGAAUCUGGUCAGAGAUUGCCUUCAGUAAAUGGUCUUCCCAAUCCUCCCUG